UAGAAUUGAACCCACCCCAACCCGAACCCGAAAACGCCACUACAAACUGAAUCCGAAACGCGUUCAUCUCGCUAAUUUUACGGUGUUCUAUUUUAGUCGUGUCAGAUAGUACAAUCAACGGAGCUGCUAAAACCCCAGCCGACCCCGCGGAAGUGUACAAAACUAUAGCCGAAGACAAAUUUCUGGGAGGCAGUUCGAACCCCGAAAAAGUCGACAUGGUCCAAGACGAGAAGGUGGCCCACACGGAUGGAGCCGACGAGCAGAUGCUGGGAUCGAAUGGAGUGGAGGACAAGCUGGCCGAGCGUCGGGAUGAGGUGAAGUUCAUCAAGGGCGAUCACCAGAACGGAGAUGCCAAGAUCGACAUCGGAACGGUCAACGGAGGCAAGCCCGCCUUCACUGGAAUGAGCAAGGAGGAGCUCAUGAAGUAUGCCAACGACCCGUUCUGGGUGCGAUUGCGCUGGAUCUUCUUCGUGGGCUUCUGGGCCAUUUGGGUGGGCAUGCUUGUGGGUGCCAUCCUGAUUAUCAUUGGAGCUCCCAAGUGCGCUGCCCCGCAGCCACUGCCCUGGUACAAGCGUGGACCACAUGCCAAGUUCGGCAGUGCUGAUACCUGCAAUAAGCUGGAUGUCGAGGUGGCCAAGAAGAUCCAUAGCGCUGGAGCCAUCUAUGAGUUGCCCGCUGCUCUGACCUACGACGUGAAGAAGCCGGAGGUGGAGGAGAAGAUCAAGUGUCUGGUGGCCCAGUACCAGGGCAGCGAUACCAGGAUUAUUCUCGACCUGACGCCCAACUACGUGUCCAAGGAAUCGCAGCUGGUGCAGGAUGCCAUCGCAAACCCUGAGAAGCAGUCCGCCUUUGUUUGGGUGACCGGAAAAUCCAACUCACCCAAUAACUGGCUGAAGGUGGGCGGCAAUCGCAGCGCCUGGGAGAAGCUGGGAGACAGCUAUGUGCUCUCCCAGUUCCAGGAGGGCUACUUCGACCUCAAGAUGAACAGUACGAUUGUUAGGAACGAAUUCGGCGGUGUCUUGAAGCAUCUGGUGGGACUGGGCGUUCAGGGCUUCCGGCUGAGGAACACCAAGUUCUUUGUGCUGUCCGACGGCCUGGAGGAUGAGGUGAACUCAGCGGUGCCAAAGGACUUCAGUUUGGGAGCAGGUGACUACGGCUUCUACGACCACAAGCAGACCACCUUCCAAUCCGGCCUGGGCGAUGUCCUCUACGAUUACCUGAGCAUCGUAAAGAAUGCCUCCGAAGAGGCUUUCCUGUCGGUUGCCGAGGAUGUCAUCCAGCCGCAGGCCUACCAGUUGAGCGGUGUUGCUGAUGCCUACGGCAUCGACAUACCCAUGUACGGAGACUUUGUGAAGGUGCUCAGCCAGUCGAAGCCGAAGAAAUCGCUGCAGGGUGAUCUUAAGAACACUCUAGACCUAUCGGGCAAAAACAGUUGGCUGCAAUGGAACUUCGCGGACGUCUACCUGGACACCCCGCAGGAUCCUUCCGCUCUGGCCAUGUUCCUAUCCCUGCUGCCCGGUGUGCCCGUGGUGCCUGUGGAUGCCGUGGCUUACCAGAAUGUCACCGAGGAGACUUACAGGCAGAUCACCUCGCUGCGCAAGAGUGCAUCCUACAUGCACGGAGAGCUCUCCUUGUUCCAGGCCGAUCCGCUGGUGGCCUUCUCCAGGCAGAGGAUCAAGUCUGGAAACCCCGGCUACUUUGUCAUCUUCAAUCCCACCGAGUUGCCUCAGGCGAGCAACUUUACCAUCCCCGAUGAUCUGCCCGACAAGAUGACAGUUUCCUAUUUCAGCGAGAAGUACAACGACAACGUCGAAAAUGCCAAUAAGGUCGCCCACGCAGGACGAGUGAAUCUCAAGGACCUCAAGGUGGCCCCGCACUCCAGCAUUAUCCUGACUUAUGUGCCAGUGAAGGCGGAGUAAAAUGGUUGCACCUGCAACAAAACAGCAACAUAUAAAAUAUUGCAUAAAAUAUACAGACAAUGUAUUCAAAAAGUAGCUUGCUUUGCUAAACCCUUGAGAUUUAAAGCCGCCAAACAAAAUUCAAAACUUAUUUGUUGAGAACUUUACUAGGUUCCCUGCUUGUUCAAGCGAUCGAUAAAAAAUAAAUACAAUAUUUGCUUGCAUUUAAAA